AUGAUUGACGCGCCACCGCAAUCACCAAGUCGCCCGGCGCGCCUCCGCAACCCAUCGCAUAGCGCCGCUCUCCCGACGUCCACAGUUCUGCAAGCGCAAACUGACGAGACACAACUCGAUCCGUCAUUCUCCCUCCUCUUGUCUCUACCGAGAGAACUCCGCGAUCGCGUCUAUACAUACGCAUUAGUUUCUAGUACCCCGUUCUUAUGGCCUACUAAAGCGCCCGAAUCCUUGCCCAGCAAAACUCGUAGUAUCAACGUAAGCCUUCUACGGACAAACAAACAAGUCCACAAUGAAGCGGUGGACAUUCUGUACUCGCAGAACAAGUUCCUGUUCACACACCCUAGCGAUUGUAACGUCUUCCGUGUUAUAACGUCGCCCGCCUCCGUCAACAUACAGAGCGUGUACUUUCGGAUAAAAGACAAGGACCUGGGAUUGUGGACACCGUAUCUGGGGAGCAAGUCGGGAGAGAGGAGUCUCAGAGGGGAUCUGCCAAAGUUGAGGAGUCUUUGGGUAUUUCUCAGAUGGACAAUGUGUCCUCACUUCAUGUCACGCAUACUGACAGAACAGCAUGGUGGAUUUGUUGGUCCUGUAGGAGGGGUUCAAGGAGGGGCUACGCCAUACGGUGUGCAUGUUGCUCUUCAGCAACAAUCUCAGCACGUCGUAAAUCAACUCUUGACCAACACACAGAUUGUUGGUGGUGCAGGCGGCCAUGCGCAUGCCACUGGUAACGCGAAUCAGAUCCCUCCUCCACCCCCACCAGCUCCAGCAAUGCCGUUUCCACAGUUCAUGCAAGGAGCGUUGGGUUUAGGUGGUCAUGCACACCAUCAUCACCAAGUACAUCCGAUACCGCAUGCGCAUGGCCAGCACAAUCACCCACCAAACCCCAGUCCACUGGCACAACAUCUCCAACAAGGCGAGACUAAUAUUUCUGUUCAGCAAACCCCGCUUGCUGUUAGUGGCGUGAACGGACCUGAUCCACACAGAUUAUACUCCGCAUUCAUCCGUUCCAACCGCUUCAAACUCGUCGUUGAGUCUCUCUGUCUGCAACUGAGCGACGUAUUAAACCCCAAAAUCACCGGGCCCUUGGAACGACAAUCUUCUAGCAAGUCCUCCACGACAACGACAACCACAACAACUGAUUCUACGCCAUCGAACCCCAGAACGGAAAUCAAGAUUGUGUGCGCUUCGACACCCGGGAAGAGACAGGUCGAGCGGUUACUCUCCAACUUCCCAGACGAGUUGGUGCUCGAUCCUGUAACGCAGGAUGCGAGGACAAGGUUUAGGAGAAUGCAUGGUGUGGAAGUUAGUCUGGAGUUUAAUGGACUGAGUAGUACGCAUCAGGAAAUGGUAGUCGCGGGUGAGGGGACACCGUGGGACUGA